UAAAUUGUCAUGCUCACAAAUAAUAACUUCUGAUAAGUUAUUAAAGCUCGGGUAAGUGAAAUAUUAUUAUUUUUUUUCCUUUUUUUUUUCUUAAUUCAAAAGAUUUUGUUGAUUAAUUGUUUGUCAAUCACUGAAUUUUUCAACAAAUUAGAAUAUCGAUUUAAGAAAGAGAAGUAACAGCUUUCACAUUCUGAGUUACUGGGUCUGAAAGUUCUAAGCAGUGAUAAUUUAUCACUUUUCAUAAUUUUUAUCUCUACAUAUCAUAUAAAUUUCUGAUAUGACAUACAAUAAUAUAUUGUCUAGAAAGGACAACGAUAGCUAUCACAUAAAUUUCUGAUAUAAUGAUAUAAUAAUAUAUAUUUACUCAGAAAGGACAAUUAUCGUUUGUUACAAUAAUCGAAGCGAAUAACAGCACUGCUAUAGAGCAAAAAAGACCUAUAACUUUCUUUUACCAUAUUAUCAAUUCACUAUACAUUAUUUUCUAUCCUGACUUUAUAAAGAAUUUUUUUUUAUUUUUCUCGACAGUUCUGUUAAAACUGUUCUAUAUGUUGCUAUAUGUAUACACUAGAUUUGCUUAUACAUCUUUGUUCAAAAAAUUUGGAAAUAUGGAUAUAUUUCAGAAGACCAGAAAUAAAUGUACCAAUAUAUUUGAUAUUCCUUAUUAUAAACUGCUCGAGAAAUACAUGAAAUUUUUGGGACAAGAUCCACGCCAAAGAGACGGAUUCAGAAAUAUUAUUGUAAUUGCAAUGGUGACUAGUAUUUCUGGCAUUCUUAUUCCAACGUCAUUAGAAUUAUACACGUCAUUAUGUGAUAAAAAUAUGGACGCAGUGAUCGAGUGUCUGCCCCAUUUGAUCGCGGCUGCAACGAGUGUCGUUAAACUUCUGAAUAUUCAUUUCAACAGGGAAAAUUUUAAAAAAUUGUUUGAAUUUAUAACAAAAGAAUGGGAAAAGUUUGAGUUAAAUAAUCAAUUUCAUGUUCUCGAAGAAAUCACCAUAAAAGGUAGUAAAAUGGCACAGUUGUAUCGAAAUACAUUGUUAUCCUUCAUGGUAUUAUUUUUACUCGUACCACUGAUCUUUCCUCUUCUGGAUAUUGUUCAUCCAUUAAACGAAACUCGAUCGAGACAGCAAUUAUUUAGAGUUAAUUAUUUGAUCUUUAACCAUAAUGACUAUUUUUUUUACAUAUAUUUGCAGUUAGCUUGGGGAUCUGUCAUUGUUGUGAUGAUCAUAGUUACUAUAGAUUCAUUGUACAUGAUUAUAAUUCAUCACAGCAGCGGAAUGUUUGCGAUGUGUGGGUAUAAAGUUCAAGAAGCGACCAGAUAUCCGAAUCUAUUCAAUGACAGAAUUAUUUCAGAAAAUUACACGUAUGAACAGCUUAAAAAUUGCAUAACCACUCACGAUAAAGCCAUUCAGUUUUAUAAUAUUCUGAACGAGAGCAGUCGAAAUAGUUAUUUAAUUCAGGUUGGAUUAAAUAUGAUGGGUAUAAGCGUGACAGCUGUCCAAGUAAAGAAAAAAAUCUAAAGAGAACGAAAAGAAAUUAAAGAAUAAGAAAAAAAUCUUAUCUAAUGAAUAGUUUUAUUUUUCAGACAGUCGUAAAUCUAGAUAGACCGGAAGAAGCGAUUAGAACUGCUGUAUUUCUUGGAGCUGAGCAAUUUCAUUUGU